AUGGGCAAGAACACACUCCGUAACUCCUACUCAGGCUCUCGCCAUUCGUCUCUCCACAACCAACAACAACACGACUCGGACACAGACUCGGUCCCAGAUUCAGACCGCUCCCAACAACAGCAGCAGCUCCACAGAAAAACCAGUCGCGAGAGUAUGAGUGGUCGUGGGAGUGAACCAGGAAGUGAGCUGGAUGAAGAGGAUAGCAACAGGAAUAAACGCCACAGCUAUUCAAAUUCAUCUACGCCUACAGCCCCAGUCAAGCGAGCCAAGAGGAACCCAUCCAUCAAAUGUCCGAUCUGUCACGAGUAUGUAACUCCAGGACAGUACCAGCAGCAUUACCGCAUGGAGCUUGCCCAACUGGAAACUGGAGCGUCCAGUGAAGUGGGUCGGGGCAAGCGAGGAGCAGCAAUUGCAGCAUCAAAGCAGUUCAUGAAAGGGAAAUCUCGCGCAUCGGCAACAGACCAAGAGAAGCAGAACAUGCUGCGAGAUAUUCAGAAGCGGAGGGGAGCGCGACAAAACAACAAAGAUGGCAAUGGAGUAGGAUCAGGUCGAGGAGGAGGAGGAGGAGGAGGAGGCAGGGAUCUAGAUCUAGGACUAGCAGGCGCGCUUGAAGAUUCUCUCAACGACGACUCCCCAGCGACAUGCUUCAUCUGUAACGAACGUCUCUUUGGAUCACUUGAUGAUAUCAACACCCAUAUCGAUGCCUGCCUCACCAAUCCACAACCAUCACGGCACGAUACACAAGGAAGUUAUUCGUCUUCAGGCGCAAACACGCCAGUCUCUGGAGGCGCAUCAGGCAGGAGCUCUAUAGCAACCACCCCUAAUGCCCGGAUGGCGGAUUCGUUUGAAGAAUACACAUGGGCAGGUCAGACACGGAUAAGAGCGACAGCCCUGUUUGAAGGUGGGAUGGCUUCUCUCGGGUCAGGAUCGAGAACUGUACAGGAGGACAUUGACGACGAUUUGAAUGUGGAGGAUGAUGAGGAUGACGAGUAUGGGGGUGCUCAGUUCACGGAGCGGGAUGUGGUUUUGAACAUUGAGGAUCCGGACACAGACGAGCUGCGGGAAAUUGUCAUGGAAUCGACAGCUGUUGUCGAACGAGCUCCGCCUUCACCGACCCUUGCAGUCAAGGAGGCACAAAGGCGGCAUAGAGGUGUUGACCGGGAUGUGGAUAUUGAAGACAUGGGUGAUGAUCCGGGUGAUGUGGACGAUGAACUUGUAGACGAGGACGAAGAAAUUGAUCUGGAAGGAGAUGACAACGACGACCACGAUCAAGCCCGCCAUCACCAUCACAAAGCGCAAGCAGAAGACCAGAGGGUAGACGCGCUGAUGAGUUCGGCGUUGACCUCUGGUGACACGCGACUGCUGAUUGAGGCGUUGAGGUCCAAGGUCAAGCAUCUGGAGUCGGCCAACAAGAAUGUCCCAACGUGUUUAAUAUGUUUAGAGGCUUACACGGUCCCGCUGACUUCUAUCGUCUGCUGGCACGUUCAUUGUGAGGCCUGCUGGAUGCAGACCCUGGGCAGCAAGAAGCUGUGUCCGCAGUGCCAAAAGAUUACCCUCCCCAAGGAUCUCCGUAGAAUAUAUCUCUAA